AUGUCGCAAUACCAGUUAGAGACGAAGCUGCAGCUGGUGGAACACCACUUCAACACUUUCGAGCGGCUACAGACAGAGCUCGAGUCACUGGACGAAUCUCAGCUGGAAGUUUAUCAUCGCACAACAUUUGAAGACACUUUUUGUGAAGUGAAGAGUGCAAUCAUUGAGCGCAUGUCGGAGUUGCGCAGGGUAUACACGCUCAGCAGUACGAGAGUGGUCGCACCAUCACCGUCGGCGCCUCGCCACAGCUUGCCGAAACUGCAGCUAACCAAGUUCAGUGGCAGCUACACAGAAUGGCUGGACUUCUUCAAUAUGUUUACAACCCUUGUACAAAAUAACUCUGGACUGGAGGACAUAGAGAAGUUCCAGUACUUGCGCUCGUGCCUCACACACAACGCCUUUCGCUUGGUACAGUCGCUAGAAGUUACCACCAGUAACUACAAGCGCGCAAUUGAGCUAUUAAUCACCAGAUACGACAACAAGAGGUACAUCUUUCAAUCGCAUCUGCAAGCAAUACUCAACUGCAAGGGCACACAGCCUGCAAACGCUUCAUCAUUGAGAGAAUUUGUCGACAGCAUAAACGCGCAUCUUCGGGCAAUGCAAUCAUUUGCCUCACCAAAUCAAAUUGCGGAUGGUAUACUACUCCAACUUAUAGUUGCAAAAUUGGAUCCAGAUAUGCAAGUGAAGUGGGAGGAAGAAAUUGUAGCAACAUGCGACAAAGCGAGCUCCCCAAGCCUUCAUCUUCCGUCCUGGGAUGAUCUGACGAAAUUCAUCGAACGCCGAUGCCAAACAGUAAGCAUCAUUGAGGCCAACAAAGGUUCACUAGGCAAAGGCACGUCAACAGCAGCAACAAAAUCCUCAGGGCAAAAAUCAACAUUCACAGCAACCGCAAACAACAACAAAUGUACGCUUUGUAAUGAAAGCAACCACCAUACGGCCUUUAAGUGCACUAAAUUCACACUGAUGGAUCCAAUGAAGCGCUACAUCUUGGUUAAGAACAAUCGUCUUUGUUUCAACUGCCUAGGAGCAAAGCACACAGCACCCAAUUGCCCAUCAACUAAUCGAUGUCAAGAGUGCAAAGAGCCUCAUCACACUCUUCUUCAUAGAAGUCAACAACCACCUGUAGGUGAUCAAGCACUACAUCAAGCAUCUACGUCGGCUCUGCAUGCAGGUAGGCCACAUCAGGACGUUAUCUUGGCAACUGCGCUAGUGCAGUUGCACAAUACACAUGGAACAACGCUAAUGGCUCGUGCUUUGCUGGACUCUGGGUCCCAGCUGAGUUUCAUCUCCGAGCGCAUUGCCCAAUUAUUAAGGGUCAAGAGAAACAAGGUGACCACGGAAAUUAGUGGAAUUGGGUCCGUGUUGACCACGUCACGAUACUCAGCAGUCAUCGAAAUUAAAUCACUACAUAGUGGAUUUGCAGCACUAACACAGGUGGUAAUCAUGCCAUCAAUUUCGUCGUCUCAACCACAAAAAUCCAUCGAUAUCGCAGCCUGGAGUGUACCGAAAAACAUAGCCCUAGCUGACGACACAUUCAACAUAUCCGGUCUGAUUGAUUUGCUAAUUGGAGCAAGUCUCUUCUUUGACAUUCUGUCAGUAGGUCAGAUAAAGAUCGGAGAGGAGCUGCCAAUACUUCAAAAGACUCAAUUGGGAUGGAUAGUGGCUGGUGCAAUCAACUCACGCUCAGCGCUAUCAUCAUCAUCAUUAUCAACAGCGGUGUCAUUGUUGGAAUCCGUCGAUCCACCAACACUUACACAAUCACCAUUAGACGAGUCUUUAGAACGCUUCUGGAGACUUGAAGAUACUGCCCGUCAUCAAGCAAAUUCACGAACAUCACCCGAAGAAGAAUGCGAGGCUCACUUUCGUCAAAAUACCACUCGUUGUCCGCUAACGAAUAAAUUCAUCGUUCGACUACCAUUUUCUGAAGAGCCAUCCGUACUUGGACAAUCAAUCGACAUAGCAAAGCGACGUUUUUACGUACUGGAAAAAAGGGUGCUACGCGAUCCAGUACUCAAGACUGAAUACAGUAAAUUCAUGCAGGAGUACAUAGAGCUUAAGCACAUGACGUUGGUAGAUCCGCAUGAAUUCUCCGCUAAGGUGGGCACGUACAUUCCACACCAUUGCGUAAAAAAAAUGGACAGCUUAACGACCAAGCUACGGGUGGUGUUUGACGCUUCGUGCAGCACCUCCAAUGGAAGGGUCCUCAACAGCAUUCUUCGCAUUGGACCCAAUUUACAAGAUGACAUCGUAACAAUCUUGUCAAGGUUUCGCACUCAUCAAUAUGUUCUAAUGGCCGAUAUAGCCAAAAUGUAUCGGCAAAUCAUUGUAGAUCCAAGGGAUGCUAAGUGGCAGUGCAUUCUGUGGCGCCACACCCAACAAGCCACUUGCAACAUACCAGCUGCAAACGGUCACCUACGGAACCAGCUGUGCGCCAUUUUUGGCAGUUCGAUGUUUGCAACAAUUAGCACAUGA